CGCAGGGCGCUCUGUUAACUGCUCAUCUGCUGUCUGUGCACCGUAAACAUGAAGCAGAGGGGGGUCGCUGCUGUGGUUUUGGGAUUUUUAUGUGUUGGAGGGCUUGUUUUCAGUUUCCUAUUUAUGGAUUUGUUGAAGAAAUAUGAACUUCCAGCUCCUAAGAAGCAAACACCACCCAUGAGUACCCCCAAAACCACAACUCUAUCUACGAGCACCAUUAACCCCUAUUUUCGAAGUCUGUUAAAACUGCUUGAAUGGCCUGGACCCCCAACUCCUAUCAGUCACUAUAACUCCUCCACUAGUCCUACAAAAUGUAACUACUAUCUGCUGAAUCCACGGAAAGUAUAUAGAAUCGGGGAGAAGCUGGAAGUGAUCAUCAUAGCUCGGGACCACAAUGGUCAACCAAAGCAAUAUGGCGGAGAUUUCUUCCAGGCCAAGCUUCACUCACCAGCCCUUAAAGCUGGAGUGACCGGACAAGUGAAGGACUAUAGAAAUGGCAGCUACCUGGUCACGUUCCUUCUUCCAUGGGAGGGGAAAGCCCAAGUACAGAUCCGGCUCAUUCAUUCCAGUGAAGCUGUUGAUGUUCUGAAGAGGAAAAGAGAAGAUUAUCCAGAAAAGGCCUAUUUCAAUGGGUAUUUCCAGCUUAAUGGUAAAAGUGAGGUGACUGAGUGUAACCUAGAGGUGUCAGGAGACGAGGUGUGCACAUAUAAGUACCCCAGCACCGGAGGCACCUGGCAGUGUCGGCGACCACAGACAUUGCCGUGUAACUCCUUGAUCUAUCAUUCCAUUGGUGGAUUCCGCACAGUAACAAACCAUCUUGAGGACUCUCUACUGAAUAGCUUUGUCACCGACGUGGUUAUAAACGGCUCAGUACCUUCAAUCUAUGUCACCUCAGACAAGACCUCAGUAGUUCUCACCUCCCACCUCUUGGUGUGUAGACGUGGCCAGGAACCUCGGCAGCCCUCCGGAUUCUAUUAUAAUGACAGGUGGACAUCACUUACAUGCUUGGGUCGCCAUUUUCCUCGACCUGCGGAUGCUCUCUCCUGCCUGAAAGGGAAAAACAUCUACAUGUUUGGUGACUCAACGCUACGCCAGUGGUUUGAAUACCUGGAGAGUUUUAUUUCAAGUCUGAAAAGGAUAGACUUGCACGUUAACGACCUGUCAGGACCUCUUAUAGCCGUAGAUGCUGACGCUGGUCUAGUCAUGCGAUGGCGCGCCCAUGGAUUACCUUUCAGGACUACCAAGACUGUAAUGGCCAACAUCCACGAUGAAGUAGCUCACUUGGCUGGGAUUGGUGGAGGGCCCCAGACUGUGAUCAUGCUAAGCUUAUGGGCACAUUUUACCACCUACCCCGUAAGAGUUUACAUAGAACGACUCGAGAGAGUCCGUCAAGAAAUAAGGUCUCUGCUUCUACGAAGCCCUGAGACGACAGUGAUCAUCAAAUCAGCCAACACGGGUUACAAGUCAUUAUAUAUCAGUGACUGGUUGUCUCUUCAGCUGGACAUGUUACUGAGGGCAGCCUUCAAGGGAACCGGGGUCAUAAUCCUGGAUGCCUGGGACAUGACAUCCUGCCACUAUCUUCCUGACAAUAUCCACCCAGGACCUCCAGUCAUCAAGAACGAGGUGGACCUUAUGUUGUCUUAUAUAUGUCCAAAAUGAUCCAAGAACUAUCUGUAGUCAAACAUUCUGCAAUCCUAUGUUUUAGUAGGAACAAUUAACAAUUUAACAAUUAUGAAGUGCAUAAAAGUCACUGUAUACAUGCAUUUUUAUGUGUUGUGUACUGUCUAAGAGUUACAUUCUGUGUUAUACUUCAGAGCUGCACUCACUAUUCUGCUGGUGGGGUGACU